UUACAAAUACGAAAAUUAGUUGUGGAAAACAUAUCUUUCCUUUUUGGUUGAACGCUACCGAGUAUUUACACGUUUGAAGAAUGUCAAAACGCACAAAGAAGGUAGGUGUUACUGGAAAGUAUGGAACACGGUACGGUGCAUCACUUCGUAAACAAGUGAAAAAGAUUGAAAUAAGUCAACAUACUCGAUAUAUGUGUCCUUUUUGCGGAAAGGUGUCAGUUCGUCAAGCUGUCGUUGGAAUAUGGUGCUGUCGAGGUUGCAACCGUAAGAUGGCCGGGGGAGCAUGGAGUUUAAGCACUCCAGCGGCAACGACAGCUCGUUCAACAGUUGCUCGUUUACGUAAGCAGCAGGAAUCCCAUGUUUGAUUUAAAUUUCUUACGAAACAAAAAAAAAAUGUAUGUCGUGCCCAAUUUCGUUAAAAUAAUCCACUCAAAUUUAGAUUAAAACAUUUUAACAAUGUUUUCUUAAGUUUCUAUUGACUAUUGUACAUGAAAUUUUUUUAAUAUAAUGUUAAAUAAUUAGUGUCACUGCAAAGGCAUUACAUUAAAGUUAAAAACAAAACAA